AUGUUACCGAGUCUCAAAACUCAGCCGCUAGGACGUAGUAGGCGCCCGUUACCGGAUCGCCCGGACAUCCCGUGCCGCGAUCGACGUCAAGCGAUACAGAUUGCAAUAUUCGUUCUAGGACCCACACACAAUCAGCUGAUCGCUGAGUGCGAGCGUCAGCAGCGUCUCCAUUUGUUCCUGUCGAGAGCUGAUGUAGUCCAGGUAACCAGGCACAAGAAGCACAGCAUUCCUUUCGUGACGGAAACUGUUUGUAGCGAUGGCUCCAGUGUUCGUUUGGCGUUUCGAGGUUUCAAUUUUACUGGAGAGAAAAUAGUCAUUUUUUACGAGAAGAAAUUCGGGCUUUGUCCAUACUAUGAAAAUAAUGACCCGAAACGACCGGUGAACGGAGGUAUACCCCAGGUUUACAAAAAGCAAUCUAUCGCAUUUGUAAAGGCUAGGUUUCCUGAACUGUCAAGGAAAGAAGCCAAUAAGCAAGCGGAAAAGGAAUUCAACAAAGCUGCGCGCGAAUUCUUCACGCAAACGCUACAAUUAGCUGUCAAACUUCGACCGAAAGGUCGCUGGGGCUAUUACGAUUACCCGUUCUGUAAUGGAAAUGCUGGUGAUCUUCCAGAUGAUUUUUCUUGCAAAGAAGAAGCCAAGCGAUACAACAAUAAGUUAGCUUUUAUAUACAAUGCUAGCACAGCCCUCUUCCCGUCUAUCUACUUGAAUGGAAAGAAAACUCCAACUCAGAGCUUCCGCUAUGUUCAGGCUCUUCUAAAAGAGACAAAGCGUAUCGCUAACGAGCAGAAACGGCGACCAAAUUUCUUCGCUUAUACAAAAUUCGAAUACGAUCCGCGUACUGACUAUACGUGGUUUUACAACAAGGAAGAUCUCUGCAGUACUGUGAAACAACCGGCAGACCUCGGAGCGAGAGGGCUGGUUUUGUGGAGCACCAGUACGGACAUGAAAGACCGUUGUUAUGGUAUUGCCAACUACGUUGACACACAAUUUGGACCGUGA